AUGGACGUGGAAAGGAAUGCGGGUGCGGAAAUCAAACUAAAUUCGGUGCUGCAACAUCCAUUGCGACGCCGUUUGCGUCGAUGGCUGUCCGCCAAACGGUUGUACGAAUCCUUGACACCGCUCUUCCAUGUCACCUGUUGGUAUGGGCUGACAUCGUUCUAUAUCAGCUGCCGCGACGAGAAUUGCUGCAGGUACAUCAAGAAGUCCUGGCUUGGCUACUUAAAUGGCAUAAUCCAUAUCGGCGUAUAUACUGUCUGCUAUAUUCUAACUAUAAACAACAACUGUGAGUCAGUCGCCAGCUAUUUCUUCCGCUCGAGAAUCACCUACUUCGGGGACAUGCUGCAGAUCGUGAGUGGCUUCAUUGGCAUCACUGUCAUCUAUCUGACGGCCAUCAUACCCAAGCACCGAUUGGAGCAGUGCCUACAAAAAUUUCAUACAAUGGAUUUACAGCUGCACAGUGUUGGCAUCAAGAUCAUGUAUAGUAAAGUGCUGCGCUUCAGCUAUGCUAUCAUGUUCUCCAUGUUCCUUGUGAACUUCGCCUUUUACUGGGGCACCUUUGCCGUUCUCUACUCAUCCAAUGUGUCUCCAACUUGGGCAUUACACUUCACAUUCAUGGUCCAGCACACGGCGAUUUCGCUUGCCGUAAACCUGUUCAACUGUUUUACAUAUCUAGUGGAAAUUCGCCUGGUAAUGGUUAACAAGGUCCUCAAGAAUCUCGCUCAUCAGUGGGACACAUGCGUCAUUAAGGCCGUGCAAAAGACAAGAUCUAUGCAAUGUUUGGAUUCCUUUUCAAUGUAUACCAUUGUGUCAAAGGAUCCGGCUGAGAUCAUACAGGAGACCAUGGAAAUACAUCAUCUAAUCUGCGAGGCAGCUGCCACGGCCAACAAAUACUUUACCUAUCAGUUGCUAACGAUCAUUUCAAUUGCCUUCUUAAUCAUUGUCUUUGAUUCUUACUAUGUGCUUGAAACGAUACUGGGCAGGUCAAAGCGUGACGGCAAAUUCAGGACAGUCGAAUUUGUAACGUUCUUUGCAUGUCAAAUGAUAUUGUAUUUGAUAGCCAUUAUCUCGAUCGUUGAGGGCAGCAGUCGGGCCAUCAAAAAGAGUAAAAAAACUGGGGGCAUUGUGCACUUGCUUCUCAACAGGACGAAGAGUGCGGAGGUCAAGGAGAAGCUACAACAAUUUUCAAUGCAAUUAAUGCAUAUGAAGAUCAACUUUACAGCUGCUGGUCUCUUCAACAUUGAUCGCACGCUCUACUUUACGAUUAGCGGUGCUUUGACUACUUAUCUCAUUAUCCUGCUGCAAUUUACAUCUAGACAGAAAGCGAAUGUAAAUAUAAACGCAUUUGAAUGUUGUAGGGCGGCUUACAAUAUGACAAAUCAAACGCUUUAA